AGAGCAAGGAGAGAGCUUUGCAGCGAGCAGAGAGUGAGGAGCGCCGGGUAUCCCCUGCCAUUGCUGUAGCCCCCCAGUCCCUGUGCUGCCUGCACCAUGAGCCGGCUACUGACAGGCUUUAGACUGCUGCUGCGGGUCAGAGAGAUCUCCUUCCCAUCGGUGACUGCACAGAGACUGCAAGCCUGGAGCCGAGUGAGAAUGGCGCAAACAGGAGCAGAUUUAGGGUCUCUCACAAGAUACGACGACUCAGCAGUCUCCACUGACUGGCAGAAGAAACUCACUCCCGAGCAAUAUUAUGUGACGAGAGAGAAAGGAACAGAGCUGCCUUUCAGCGGUAUCUACCUGAACAAUACGGAGAAAGGGAUGUAUCAUUGCGUUUGCUGCAGCGCCCCGCUGUUCAGCUCUGAAAAGAAGUACAACUCUGGGACAGGCUGGCCUUCCUUCUCCGAGGCGUAUGGAGCACAGGGGGCUGAUGAGAGCAAUACUAAUGUACUGAGGCGGCUGGAUAACUCUCUGGGUUCCACAGGCACUGAAGUCAUUUGCAAAGAGUGCGAUGCGCAUCUCGGCCAUGUGUUUGAAGACGGACCUCCCCCAUAUGGCCAGAGGUUCUGUAUCAACAGCGUUGCAUUAACUUUUGCACCUAGUUCCAUGUAAUAAGUGGCAGUAAAUCAGUUUAUUUCCAUUGAGAAGGUUACUUGUUUAGUGUUAGCAUCAAACAGACCUUAAAGUGAGAUUCUAUUACAGUAUCACAUGUAUCUCUCAAGCCGGCCAUACAUGCUGUGAAACAGGUUACUUCCCAUUAAUCAUAUAAUAAUCCUGCAGAGUUCCCAUUGCCAUCAGCUGUAGAGAUCCAUCGGGGUUUGAUGGCAAUGGCCACAACGCACCAUGAACCAUAGACCUAGCAUCCACUCAUUGUUAUCAGUAUUUAUUCCUACAGAACCAGCAUUUUCCCCAGCACUUUGCAUGCGUGUAUAACAAACAGAAGUUACAGAAUAAAAAUGGGAAUAGGGGCCUACUCACAAGAGCUUACAAUCUAUGACCAACCUGAUUGCUGAUUGAUUAGGGCAGUUGACUAGGGUCAGAUCUGAUUACAAAGCAAUAUGGCUGGCAGUGCCCUGAAUAUGCAGAGAGAUGUGAUCAUUGGUUGACCAUGGUUUCCAUCUCACCUUAUUUUUUUAGGCUGGUGCCAGAUUUCUCAAUAAGUAACACAAACACAAAUGCUUUUUAACAAGCACAACCAUGAACACCCCGGUGUCUUCCAUAUUACAUGUCAAUUACUUUAGCUUAAUGCCCCAAUCACUUUUUCAACAGAAAAGUAAUUUUGUCCUCCCCUUUAUGAGACAGAGAAAGCUGUUGUCAGUGAGAUUGGAAUGCUUUUGAAAAAAUGGGAUUUACUAACAUUUCACUACUCCGAUGGCAUUUCCGUUAGCUAUUAGUAGUUAAGCACAUUAUAAAUAGGGCCUUUAAUGCUGCUCGACUUACACAGAUGCACCAACUCCAGCAUUUUUAUAUUCAGGGAAAUUGAAUCGUCUGCAAAAGAUGUGAAUCCUAUCUGUUUGCAUAUUGACAUUUUCAGUGUAUCUCUUUUGUGCUUAUGAUUUUGUUCCCCCAUUUUACCAGUUUUUCUUAAAUCGCCCUCUUUUCAGCUGAUCUGGCCAUUAUUACAGGUGCCAGUCGGCUCUUCUGUUGACACCCCAUGGAAGUCUCUGCCGUAACCAGUGUGGGCAGGUUUGAUAAUAGUAAUGUGAUUGUACCUACAGAACCAUUAUCCACCUGGUACCAAGCCAUAUGCCACCCACAGCCUUCAGAUAUGGAUAUUACUAAUCAGAAAUGCUGGUGUUUUCAGCUUUCAUACAGUGGAUAAUGAAAUAGAGUCUCACCUUGUGACCUGCAUGCUGCAUUGUAAAUCCGACUCCAUCAAAACAGAGCAUUAAUAAUGUGCCAUAUUGUGUGUUUUUAGUCUUUAUUCUGUACCAGGUGCCUGUCAGUUUUCACUAUUGCCAAAAAGUAUUCCUAGUUCUUAAAGUUACCCACCGUCUGCUGGGAGGACCCUCAUAUUUCAAUAUAUGAAGGGAUAUGCUAUGAAAAAAAAUUGUUAGAUAUUGAUUAAAUAGGAAACCACAAACACAAAAACAUUUAGAUUUUCUGAUGUCCCAGGCUUCCCCCAAUAGCCGAUGGGUGCCAAAUGGGUGACAUUUCGUAAAGGGUGUUUGGCUGCACACAGGCCAGCCUUAGUGUACUAAGCAACUAUGGGUUAAUGAGAAGCUAACUAACCCUAACGAUGUCACUUGAUAUGAUAAGGAGCUACAUCAAAACCUGACAUGUGUGCAGCCAUCCCAGAGUGCCACUUUGCACAUAUUUCUGUACAUAAACUCCAGUGUGUCAUUAGUACAAAUACAUUUAUAUACUGUAUUAAGAAGAUAAGUGUAUCAUAAAUAGUUUGGCUACCAGCCGCAAUCGCCAGCCUCAUCGCUUGACACUGAAUGAUGAAGAGAAACCAUUGUAUUUUGUCACUGUAAAUUUGUACAAAAAAAAAGUCUUUAUAUUCAAGAUGUGUUUAUAGCGGAUAUUGCUCAGAAUACUAAAUAAAGUGUUUUAUAAGUGAAA